AUGUUUACUCUGUCAGGCUUAAGUGGGACAAAAAACUACAGAGUUAUUCUAUUUGCUCUGACUUUAUUGUGUUACUGUGUGAUUUGGCUGGUGAAUUUGACCAUUAUUGUGACAGUCAUUGUGGACAAAAAGCUCCAUGAGCCCAUGUAUAUCUUCAUCUGUAACCUGUGCAUCAAUGGACUCUAUGGGACAGCAGGAUUUUACCCCAAAUUCCUCCUGGACCUUCUGUCUACCGCUCAUGUCAUCUCUUAUGCCGGAUGUCUUCUGCAGGGUUUCGUGUUGCACUCUGCAGUCUGUGCUGAUUUCUCUCUUCUAGUGCUCAUGGCCUACGACAGAUAUGUGGCUAUAUGUCGGCCUCUGGUGUACCACUCUGUGAUGACUAAGCAGAGAGUUUGUGUGCUUUUGUUUUCCGCUUGGCUUACACCCUUUUUCCUGAUGCUCAUAAGCACAGUAACAACUUCAACAUCAAGGUUAUGCGGCUCACAUAUACCAAAAAUCUUCUGUGUUAAUUGGUUGAUGGGUAAACUAGCUUGUUCUUCCUCCGUAGCAAACAUUGCUGUUCCAGCUUUUAAUUAUACUUUUUAUUUUGGCCAUUGUACGUUUGUUUGUUGGUCCUAUAUAUACAUGGUCAGAACAUGCCUAAAAUCCAAAGAGAACAGGAGCAAAUUUAUGCAGACAUGUGUACCACACUUAUUCUCAUUUGUGAUUCAUUCCAUCACAGGAUUUUGUGAUAUUGCCUUGAGCCGGUACAAUAUAGAAGAAAUACACCCAUUUGUGGCUGUUAUUCUGUCACUGGAGUUUGUUGUUAUUCCUCCAGUUCUGAAUCCUCUUGUUUAUGGCCUUAAGUUACCAGAAAUUAAAAAGCACAUUUUAAAGAUGUUUACAAGACAUGGCCUAAUCAUAUAG